UAAUCAGUUGUCUCCUCGUUCCCGCCGACUGUCGACCUUUCCGCCGUUAUCUUCUUCUCCAUCGCCGUCGUCUUCGGGUGGUCGCGAAGGCCAAACCCUCCAAGGUCAGCUCAAAUGCUGAAGCUCUCGCCUUCCUUUCACCCUCCUCCCUGCGCCGCCUCUCCCGACCCGAAGCAGCUCCACGCCCUCUCCCUCAAGACCGCGACUUUCGCUCUCCCCUCCACCUCCUCCAAGCUCAUCUCCCUCUACGCCGACCCGAAGACCAGCAACCUCGACUACGCCCUCUCGGUCUUCGACCGGGCUCCCAAGCCCACCCUCCUCUCCUGGAACGUCAUCAUCAAGUGCCACGUCGAGAACCACCGCUCUCACGACGCGAUCUCCCUGUUCUGCGAAUUACUCCACGAGUUCACCCCCGACAGCUUCACCCUGCCCUGCGUGAUCAAGGGCUGCUCGCGACUCGGAGUGGUCGAGGAGGGCAAGCAGCUCCAUGGGCUCGCGAUGAAGAUCGGGCUUGGCACUGAUAAGUUCGUGCAGAGCAGUCUCGUCAGUAUGUAUGCAAAGUGCCAUGACAUUGGGUCCGCGAGGAACGUGUUUGAUGAGAUGCCGGAGAAGGACUUGGUUUCGUGGAAUUCAUUGAUAGAUGGGUAUGCCAGAUGUGGAGAAGUCGACCUUGCAUUGGAGGUGUUUAAUGAAAUGCCUGAGAAGGAUUGCUUCUCGUGGACUGCAUUGGUUGACGGGUUUUCAAAGUGCGGGAAGGUCGACACUGCAAGGGAGAUAUUCGAUAGCAUGCCGAAUCGGAAUCUUGUCUCAUGGAACGCGAUGAUCAAUGGGUACAUGAAGUCGGGGGAUUCUGUUAAUGCAGCUUGCUUGUUCAGUCAGAUGGAUAUGAGGGAUCUCAUCACAUGGAAUUCGAUGAUUGCUGGCUAUGAUUUGAACGGAAAGUUCAAGGAUGCUGUAGAUGUUUUCAGCGAAAUGCUAUGGGAUGGUUUCAGCCCUAAUCGUGCUACAUUAGUCAGUGCACUGUCCGCUGUUUCCGGGCUUGCUACUCUUAGUAAGGGAAGAUGGAUCCAUUCCUACAUGGUGAAGAAUGCAUUUGAAUUAGAUGAUGUUCUCGGGACAUCUCUCAUCGACAUGUAUUCAAAAUGUGGCAGCAUUGAGAGUGCUUUGGCUGUUUUUCAAUCGAUACAGAGUAAGAAGUUGGGCCACUGGACGGCCAUCAUUGUCGGUCUGGGGAUGCACGGGAUGGCAGGUGAAGCCCUGCAUCUUUUCUCGAAAAUGCGCAGAGCUGGACUAAAACCGAAUGGCAUCACUUUCAUCGGAGUAUUAAAUGCUUGUAAUCAUGCCGGACUAGUAGACCAUGGGCGCUGCUAUUUUGAAAUGAUGAGAAGAGAAUACGGCAUUGAACCGACCAUUGAACACUUUGGUUGCUUAGUCGACUUAUUGUGUCGAGCCGGUCGCAUUAAAGAGGCGAAGAAUGUGAUUGAUGGAAUGCCCAUGAAACCGAACAAGAUAAUUUGGAUGAGUUUACUAAGCGGGUCAAGGAUCCAAGGGAACAUAAGCAUUGGUGAGUAUGCAGCACACAAGUUGAUCGAAAUCGCUCCCGAGACCAUUAGCUGUUACAUUCUUCUUUCUAAUAUGUACGCUGCAGCGGGCCAUUGGGAGAAAGUUUCACAAGUGAGAGAGAUGAUGAAGAGCAAAGGAAUCAGUAAAGAUCCUGGGUGUAGUUCCAUCGAGCACCAAGGGACACUUCAUGAGUUUAUAGUGGGAGAUAAAUCGCAUGGCCAAACACGACAGAUCUACUGGAAGCUUGGCGAGAUGAGAGAGAAAUUGAAGAAGGUAGGACAUGUACCAGACACUAGUCAGGUUUUACUGUGUAUUGAAGGAGAGGAAGAGAAGGAAGCUGAAUUAGAAACACACAGCGAAAGAUUGGCUAUAGCUUUUGGUCUUAUAAGCAUAGAACCUGGGAUCCCCAUUCGGAUCAUGAAAAACCUUCGCGUUUGCAAUGACUGCCAUUCCGUGACUAAGCUACUAUCCAAAAUAUACAAUCGAGAGAUUACCGUGAGAGAUAAUAGUCGGUUUCAUCAUUUCAGGAAUGGAUCGUGCUCUUGCAAUGAUUUCUGGUGAUUCAUUGGCUUUGAAUAUUUUUUACCUAUAUAUUUCAAGGAUAUAAAAAUAGAU